UGUGGUGAGCUCUCCACACAGUAACACACAGAUGUGGGUAAAAACUAAAACUGAGACCUAUAGGCCACAUAUCAUAACGCGCCUCCAAACGAAUCGGGGACUUAUUGUGAAACGCAUGUCGGCGGAACGAACGAACGGCCGGGUUAAAUAAGCAAUAUCUAUAUUUUGUGAAAUGUGAAAAAUUGAAGUAGUAAGAAGAGCAAAGUGUAAGAAAAAUAAUAUCGAAAAACACAAAAAGUCAAAGAUAAGGAAAAACAAAAAAAAAAAUAUGAUGAAACUUUAAAUAUAUAGGCGAACAACAACAAAACAGCAACGAAAAAAAAACUAAAUAAAUGUUUAACUAAAUUAGUAAUGAUGGCAAAAAUUAACUUUAACUCUCAAGAAAAUUCUCCUUUGGCUGGAGCCAUAUUAGGACCCUGGGGCUUCCUUAUGUGUAUGAUAUGCACAGUGGUGGGUAUAAAGCUGUGGUGGUUCAAACAUCGCCUAAGUUUCGAGCAAUCAACGGAAGAAAAUAAAUCCUCCAAUAAGGAAGCCUCACCAAGUGCAGUGGUGGCGAGAAGGGAAAAGAAACCAAGGUUUUCCAGAGAUAAACGUUUGUCACAACAAGUAUAUCACAAUGUUCAAGUUUAUGGUUCCUUUCGACAAACAAAGGAGGAUGAUAUCCUUAUUGAAGGAUCUUCCCAAUUGCCACCGGUGCGUAUACGUCAAGCGGAAAGUGCUCCUUCUUUACUGAUGCCGCCACCCCGAAAUAAAAGAAGGCCCCUGUAUGUACAAUCAACAGCCUUUGAAGAGCUGAGCGAAUCCUAUACAAAUGCGUUACCUUCAGAUAAUUCUCCAGGAGCCUUUCAGAAAAAUUCCUCCAAUUUUGUUGCCCCUGUUCCAUCGAAUGUUGUUCCCAAACAACAGGAACUAAUUACUGAAACCACCUCUUUAAACUUUAAGGAGGUGGAAAAGGUUUCUGUGGCACCAGUUUUGAGAUCUGAAAGAGAUAUUGUGAUGGAAGAAGUUCCUGUGGUUCCCAAACGUGUAAGUCGCAGCAGUUCCACCUCAGCCAAACAACAACAAAAUGAUGUGGAAAAGUCACAUCGCUUGCUUAAAAGUUCUCAAUCCAUAUCGAUACCCGAACAUCGCAAGGUGGUGGAGAGAAGAUCCACAGGUUUCUAUAAACCUACUGAGGAUCUUACCAAAAUCGAUGAUUUGGAAGAGCCACGCUUUGAAAAAUUCGGAGAUCGAAGACCCACGGGUUAUAUACGCUAUGAUGAUGUGGAUUUUGAGGAAGACCUUAGGGACUAUCGCCAAGAGGAAGUCAGAAAGUUCUACGACUACCAGGACUAUGAACUCCUAGAAACUUUGAGGAAUCAGGAAAUUAUCUAUCAAAAUCCCACCAGUCCUGAUAUCUGUGAGAUAAAUGAGGCCAUAGAAACGUUUGAAAAAUCCUCGCUGCAAAAAAAUGCCAAACAUAUGGGAGUUGAGGAAGAAGCAUACAAACAUUUUGUUGAUGGAAGUAGCAGGAAAAAAGAGGCAAAUGGCAACUUAUAUGAGGAAUCUUUCAAAUGGAGAGAGCAGCAGAGGUUUUAUGAAAAGGAGACAUUUUUUGAAACUCAAAAACCAUACCUAAAUCGUGAAAAUCACAGUUAUGGAAAUCAUAAGUCAGAACAAUCUUUAAACAAAGAACCUGAUAUCGAAAAAAUUGCAGAUUUCAAAGAGGAAAAUCUUUCCAAUUCAAAGGGAAAACCCACACCACAUGCCAGGAAAGUUAUUGCUAUAGGAAACAAAUCAGAAAAGUCCUCUGCGGUGGAUGGCCCUAAUGUGACUCCCGUUGCCUCGGAUAGACUAGAAGAAAUAUUUUCUUUCAAUGAACAGAAAGUUGUCAUUGAUAUGGAAAACGAGUUCACCCCGCAAACCUUGGCCUUUGUAGAUGACUCCGAUCAAAUAUCUGGCGUUGAGGAUAGUCCCAGCUAUAAACAAAAUCAACACUUUAAAGCUCACCAACAAACUCAUGAGGUGAGAUUUGAUAAGUCCUUUCCAACCGAGGAAGAAGCAGAUGAAAAAUUUACUUUGAAUCAAAGAAGACCCACAGCAUAUGUGGUCAGUUCCUUAAGGGAUGAAGAAGAGGAGGAAGAACCUCAAGAGCACCAAGUUAGAUUUGGAGAUAGUUUUGGCAAAGAAGACCAGAAAGAAGAUAAAUUCACCUUAAACCAAAGAAGACCCACAGCAUAUAUCAUACGAUCUGCUGAAAACUAUGAAGAUGAGGAUGAACAUGAGCCUGUAGUUAAAUUUGCGCAUGAAGUUGAAGAAAAGUUCACCUUAAACCAAAGAAGACCCACCGCCUAUGUCGUGGGAUCCCUAGAAGACAAUGAGGAGGAGGAUGACGACGAAGAAGUCCGAGAUCACAAAGUCAGAUUUCAGGAUUCCUUGGAGGAAAAAUUUACCUUAAACCAAAGAAGACCCACGGCAUACGUUAUUGGAUCCUUGGAAGACAAAGAAGAGGAGGAGGACGAAGAAGUUACAGAACAUAAGGUCAGAUUUGAUGGUGAUUCGGAGGAAAAAUUUACCUUGAAUCAAAGAAGACCUACGGCAUAUGUCAUUGGGUCCUUAGAAGACAAAAAAGAAGUCAAUGAAGAUAUCCCAGAUCAUAAGGUCAGAUUUGAGGAGUCCUUAGAGCAAAAAUUCACCUUAAACCAAAGAAGACCCACUGCAUAUGUUAUAGGAUUCUCAGAUGAUAACCAAGCGGAGGAUGAAGAGAAACCGCAUCAAAAUCAUUUCGUAAGAUUCGAAGAUAAUUUUGCAUAUGAAAAUGCCAAAGAAAAAUUCACCUUAAACCAAAGAAGACCUACCGCCUAUGUUCUAAAAUCAUCCAUGGAAAAUCUGGAAGAUGAAGAGGAUGAUGAAGACUCAACAAAACAAAAAGUCAGAUUCCAAGACGACUCUUCUCGGCCCUUCCAAGAACCUGAAGAAAAAUUUACCCUAAACCAAAGAAGACCGACUGCCUAUGUCAUAUCCGGCACCCAGGAAGAUGAGGAGGAGGACGACGAGGAUGAUGAUUCUAGUAGUCUUGCCAAAAAUAAGGUGAAAUUUGAGGAUGACUUUGUGGAUGUGCAGCUAGAAGAAAAAUUCACUUUAAACCAAAGAAGGCCCACGGCAUUUGUAGCCUCUGAGAAGGAAGAUGCAGAGGAGAAAAAGUCCAAAGUCAAGUUUGAGCAACAACUUAACCACCAAGAGAAAUUCACUUUAAAUCAAAGAAGGCCCACGGCAUAUGCUCCGCGCUCCUACCAGGCUGAGGAUUUCGAAGAUAUGGAAGCAAAUGUAAAAAAUCUUAGCUAUGCUGAAGAAGUCUAUGAGGAUAAUGUGGAAAUGACCACCGCCAAAGCUUCUGCCGAAAAAUCCCAACUCAUAUGGCAGGAUUUGGAAAAGGAUUUAGAAUUAAAUUUUGCCCAAAACAUAGAAGAAGAAUUUUCCCGUAUACGUCAGUCCUUUGAGAUGAAUGAGGCUGAUUUUCUAGAGCUUAAAGAAGAUUUACAAUUGGCUUCACCCACUAACAGCACACCCAGCUCACCCACCAAAACCCUGGGCUCUAUACACAGUUCCUUUGGUAACGUCAGUCCCAAUGGCUUUGGCAAAACCAUUGAUGAUGAUUGGGAAAAUUUUGAAAAACUGCAGCCCAAUACUCAAAAAAAACAAGAAGAUAUCUCCCUUACCUAUAACAUGAUGUCGAAUGCCCGGGGUAUGACCACGGUUUCAAUACUCAAAGAAUCCAAAAUGGGUACUGAACCCGAAGAACCCACCACCUUAAAGCCAGCUCGUAAAAGUAAGGUGACUUUUGAUUCUAAAACCGAAGAGCAUUUAAUACCUGCCCGCAAAUCACCCUCCGAUGAAGAAGAGGAGGAAGACGACUAUGAUAGUCCUCAUACAAAGCCACCCAUACCCAUGCAAAGAUUAUCUAAUCUCAACUAUUCUCGAGACGAAAAUCCCUAUCAACCUGUGGUAGUUUCACCAAAUAAAAUUUCUCUAUUUGGCUCCCUACAAAAGCAAGACGAGGAUUACGAGGAUAGCUGGUCUGCCAUACGUAAACAUCGCCAUAUGACCUCACAAUUUCAAAAGUUAACAGUGGGUGGGGAUAGGGUGGAUUCAGAACCACCUUCUUAUCCACCACCUCCUUUACCCAUAAGCGAUGAAGAUGACGACGAUGAUGAUGAACAACCAGUGCCAUCACCCAAAGCUGCUUAUCGCAAUCCUAUGGCCCAAUUGGCCAUACAAAGGGCCAAGGAAGUGCGCAACGAUAUGGGGGGUUUUAAAGGCCGUUCCCUUAAGGAUGUAAGAAAGAAAGCAAGCCUUCAAUCGGAGGAGGUUUUGAAUUUAAAGGAUAACUUUGAUGCCACUGAAGCUUAGAGUUGAAAAACAACGAAAAUUUACAAAAAUAGCGUGCAAUUAUUAUGAAAUUUGUUCAAAUAGUUAAUAAACGAAUAGAAAUGUUAAACAUCAUA